AUGCGACACCAGAGCCGCCCAGUCGCGCUAGAAAUCAUCGCACGAGGUGCCCCGAAAGCCGAGGAGGAAGAGCCUCCCGUGGGCCACGCCAUAGACGGCGACGGCUAUUUUCAAUCGGAGGUGCAGGACGUCAGGGAGACCGUUUACGAAGCGGCUCAUGGUGUCCAAGAGACUGAAAUCGGAGCCGACGCGAAUCGGGACCAAGACGCUGACAAAGAAUCCUCCAACAUCGAGUCGGACGCGAAUGCCAGCAACGUUGAGUACGGCGGCGAGUGCUCCCUGCAGACGACCGAUGGCGAUGAGGAGGAGAAGCGGCAACAGGAGCAACCUAUGAUGGUGGUACAGCAAGUCGACGAAGGCGAUCAGAGAGAACAAUACGUCUUACUGUUCCGAAACGAUGACGAGGAACCCGUGGAGACCUACGUUGUGGAAGGAGAACUCCAAGAAGAGGAAGAUGAAAACGAAGAGCAGCUCCCGGAGCAGGAAACGGUUCAACCGGCGGCAGUGAGGGUCAACGGCAGGAAAUGCUUCAAAUGCGAUGAGUGCGACUAUGUCUGUAAGCGGCGCAACUACGUCAAGAUACACAAGCAGAAAGUUCAUGUCACUCCGAGAGAAAUGACCUGUUAUCUGUGUCAGGGAAAUUUCGCAUCGACAGCGACGCUUUACGCCCACAUGGGUCAGGCUCAUGCGGAGGAGCUACCGUACGCAUGUGAGAUUUGCGGGUAUCGGGCGCGGGCUCGGCAUCGAAUCGUGAGCCACAAGUUGAGCCACGAUAAAGAGCCCAGAUAUAAGUGUGAUUUCUGCAGCUUCGCCACCCGACAUAAGUAUCUCAAAACCCAGCAUGAGUAUACUCAUCAAGAGGAGAAGCCUUUUAGCUGCUCAAUUUGCGAAUACAAAGGCAGAUGGCGGAGUUCCGUGUACAUGCACAUAAAAAAAAGGCAUCGUGAUCUCCAGGGCCUCGAAGCCCAACGCUGUGUUCAGCAGGAAAUCGAAACGACAGCUCCUGAGUGUGCGCCACCGAAAACAUCGUCGACGCGUUGAAAAAUUCGCCCUCUGGCGACGGAGGGCGGCGUCGGAUAAUUCGCCGCCAUGGUGGCUGUAUUUUUGGAUGUUCGAUAAUUAAUUGACACCGUAUAGAUCUAACUUAAUAAACAUACAGAUAUUUUGGCA